AUGAUAAUUAAUUGCAGUCAUUAGAAAAUAGGUUAUUUGAUUGAAUAAUAAAUGAUAAAGGAAGUUUGUGAUAUUUGCAAUGAUAUUGAAUGUAUUGAAUCUCAUAAAUUUAUUCUAAAAACAGAUUUAUUGGAUUUCUAAUAAAAAGCACUUCCUUUACUAACAUAACUAUAAACCAUAUUAUAUGAUCAAUUACCUAAUUAAAUUGAUUAACUAAAUAAAAUGAUUAAUUAAGCAUAUUAAGGCUUUACUAAAAGUUCUUAGAAGAAAUAAAUUGAAAAUCUGAUGUCUAUAUUACAAAAUGAAGAAUAGAAAUAUUAAUUUUAAUUAAUAAAUUUUUAUAUUGCACGUGAUCAAAUUAAAUAAAUAAAAGAGAAAUUAAAAGAAGUAAUAGAUUUUGAAUUAAUAAUCUAAAGAUGUAUAUCAUAAUUUAAUUAGAAUUAAAAUAUUACAAAAGAAGUAUAAACUAUAAAUUUUGAUGAUGAUUAAGAUCUUAUUUAAACUACAAAUAAAGAAUAAACAGAUUAAUUAUUUAUAAAAUAAAUUGAUAUACCAAUCUUAAAUUAAAAUAUAAUUGAAAAAUCUAAUAAUUUUGAGAUUCCAACAACUUUUAAAUUUAAAAGAAUGUAUAGUAUUACUUGGUUGAAUGAAAAUUUAUUGGGAAUAGCAGCAGGUGAUUAUAAUCCAUAUAUAAUAUUUGAUCCUUAAAUGUAGAUAAUUAAAUAAUAAAUAUUUUAAGAGAAGAAUGGAGUUUAUGAUUCAAUUGCAAUAGGAAAUGAUAGAAUAAUAUUAGCAUAUGUACAUAAUAUCAAAAUGUUUUAAUGGAUUAAUAAUCAAUAUAUAGCAAAUAAAUUAGAAUUUGAAGAAUCUUAAGGAACACCAAGUAAACUAUAUUAUUGUUCUUAAACAUAAUCAAUAUUUGCAACAAAUACAUUCUUUUAAGUUAUAUCUUAAAAUUAUGUAUAUUAAUGGAAAUUAGAUUCUGGCAAAUUAAUAAAGUAUAAAAUUUAGGGUUCAACAUUUGGUCCUAUGUGUUUAAUUAAUUAAAAAUUAAUAUUUUGUUUUAGUUUAUGGGAAAUGAAGAGUAGAAGUCAAAGAUAAAAUUUAAUAUAUUUUUGGUAAUAUGAAUAAAAUACUCCAAUAAAGAAAAUAGAUACAUCUUAGCCAUAAUAUGCUAUGAUAGUAAGAAUGAACUAAUUAUUUGGAUUUGGUUCUGAAAUAACAAUUUGGAAUUUAGAUAAUUAUCAUUUAAUUAAGAAAAUAACAUAUCCUGAUAAAAAGUUAAAUCCAUGGUGCGUAUGUUCAUUUGAAUAGUCUUUAAUAUUAGGUUGUGAAGAUGGAAGUAUUAUUGUUUUUAGAUUGUAGAUAUAAUGAUUGUAAAUGAAUAGUUUAAUAAAUGGGAUAAGAUUAUGAAAAUGAGAGCAAAGACAAUGAAGAUGAAUGUGUUAAAAGAUAAAUGUGUAAUUGCAGCAUUAGAUUGUAGUUUUAGUAUCCUUUAAAUAAAAAAGUGA